AUGACUUUAAUUUUGCCAUCUGCGUUACCACUUCCUCUACUGUCUACUAUCCUGGAUACAUUAUUUACGAAUUUCCAAGCUCCUACCAUAUCUCUAUUAUCCUCCCCAGCGCUUUCGACCGCGGCGGCUGGCUUAAGAUCCGGUCUUGUCGUUGACGUAGGAUGGCGUGAGACUGUUGUGACGAGUGUUUACGAGUAUCGAGAGGUUCAGACCUUGCGGUCGACGCGAGCCACAAAACUUCUUGGGGAAGAGAUUUUGAUGAUGUUGAGCCGACUCAUAAACCCAGAGCUAUCCCAGAUGAAAAACCCAGAUGCGAGGGCAGCAGCUCGAGAACUUCUAAGUUUCGAGGAAUGUGAGGAAGUAGUUACACGAAUGGCUUGGUGUGGGCCUGGUCAAAACAAGUCACCACCAGAAGAACACACCGACGGACUAGCUUCUGUUAAAGAGGAGGAUGAGUUUAGAUCGAGCAUGAGGUCACUCAAAAUCUGGGGAGGAACCGAAACCGAGCCGCAAGUUUCAAUUCCACUCAAGUCUUGUAGUCCACCAAGAACCUUAGAGGUGGCAUUUUCGAAUCUUUCUGAUCCUUGUGAGGAUGCCCUUUUCGCUAAGGGUGUGCCAGAAUCAGAAUUAGAUGACGAGGAGAUGCCUUUGCACCUGCUGAUAUAUCGAAGUCUCCUCAAGCUUCCCACAGAUGUGAGAUCUAUUUGUAUGGCACGCAUCAUCCUCGUUGGAGGAGGUUCUAAGCUUCCGGGAUUGAAAAGUCGUGUCCUCAAUGAGCUCUCUACUCUUGUUCAGCAGAGAGGUUGGAAUAACGUUCAGGGUAAAGCUGUUGAAGCUUAUCGAAAUAACCCGAAGCUUAACAAAGCUCGAAGUCGAAAUUUCGACGAUGGCCCUAUUCCAGUCACUGCUGGUCAAGAAGUGCCUGCAUAUUUACAACCACAUGAUGAGGAUCCUAUCGAAGAAGCAUUGCGGAGAGAAUCAAGAAAGCGCAAUCCGCCUAUGGAGGAAGGGAGCCUGCGGGCUAUAGAUUCUCUGGGCGCUUGGUCAGGAGGUAGUCUGUUAUCACACUUAAAAGUCCCUGCUGUGUCGGUGAUUGACAAAGACCAAUGGCUUCAACAUGGGUCUCUGGGCGCCUCGAGGGGUGGUGAAAUAUCUGUCAGCUCGAGGCAGAGUAUGGGCCCUGGAGCAUUUAAGACUGCAGGUGGCGGAGGUGAUAGGUCGAGUUGGACACUUGGAUUAUGGGCGUAA